UCUGAUUGGUUAGUUAGGUGGGACACAGGAAGAUGAAACAGCAAAAAUGUUCUAGCAUCCCUCUUUCAUUUGGGUAGUUUAGCUACAUAAUUGAAGUGGGAAAAAAAACUGCUCGUUACCAGGUCGUGUAAGUUGUGUAAAAGCUAGUUAUAGAAAAUGCUUCUGCAAUGUAUUAAGAGUGCCCAUAUCGUGGUCAUGGAAUUUAAAUGGCCCUUGUCUGGCUACUUUAGCUAGGUAACGUUAGCUGAAUAACGUAGCCAACGCGUUAUGCCAUAACAGACCUAGCCAGCUUGCAUCGUCGAAUGUAACUUAUUCCAUUCAUUUCUACUAGAUUUUGUCGGUUCAAUUGAACUGUUAGGUUCGAUCCUUCAUCGACCAUGGCAUGGUUCAUAUGUGUCAUCAUACUUUUGCUCUGCUCAAAAAGUGAACAAUGCACCACUGGAAAUGCCUCAAAACUCAUUGAGCACACAGCUGCCCAUUUUUUCGAGAAAAUGCAAUCAGGAAAGAUGUAUUUUAUAUACUUUGGAAAACAAGUCAAUCCAACUAUAGGUCUCUUCAUUGAACAGCUGGAGAAGUCUGCAGAUGUUCUAGAAGAUUACGGUAUUUCAGUUGCUAAGGUAAAUUGUACUAAUGAACACAUAGCAAAGUACUGCACUGGAGAGAAGCUGAUGAAAAAAGUUUAUUUGUUCAGGGGUGGCAAUGUCCUGAAGAGUUUCGACACAGACACCGUCUUCGAUGUGAACGCCAUAGUGGCUCACGUUCUCUUCACUGUGCUUUUUGACGAGGUGAGGUACGUCCAUACAAUUGCUGAGCUACAGUCAGUGGAGAGGGCAGCUAAAGGCAAGGCUGAUAUUGUGCUAGGCCAUGUCCAGGUCUUGGGCUUACCAGAGCACAGAGCGUUGAUGGAGACAGCAUUUGUGUACGGAGUCAAGUACCAGUUUGUGCUGACCACAGGAGGCCCAGUGCUGACGAACAUGGGGGUGGAUGAUAUUUCAUCUCUGACAGCAGGUCUAUGGUUCCUGCACUGUAAGGGUGCAUCCCAAUCCCAGCACUCAGACCCCUGUCCACACACGGCCCUAAGGAGAGCCCUCACCACCCUCCACAUCUACACCUUCCUCCAGCUGAUGGAAGCCCCACUGGUGAGUGAGGCCUCAGUGGAGCCCUCAGAGGUGAACAUGGUCCACAGCCACCUCCAGGUGCCCCUGCUCUUCCUCUUCUCUCAGCCCCACACGGUGGCCCUUGACCGGGUCACUGCCCAAACUCUAGCCUGGAGGCUGAGAGGCCAGGUGGGCCUGGUGCUCAUCCACAGAGAGAGUCCUGAUGUAAAAAUCCCACUGGAAUACAAUGCUGCUUACAGACUACCAGGAGAGGGUUCAGAGGUCAAGUACCUGAUUCUGAACAAUCUAGAGGAGGUUAUCGACCUGUUCAGAGAUGAGAGCACUCCGGAGGAGGAGGAAGAGGACGAUGAUAAUUGGGCCACUCUUGAUGUGCUUGAUGAUGAGGUGGCGGAGUCUGUGUACAGAGACAGGGGCCAGAGUCUGGACAUGGAUGCUGUCACAGAACUCACUGCUGACACGUUCCACAGCACAGUGGCAGAGAGUGACUACACGGUGGUGCUGUUUUACGUGAAAUGGGAUGCUGUCUCCAUGGCUUUCAUGCAGUCCUACAUAGAGGUGUCAGAAUCCCUAGAAGACGCUGACGUCAGCGACGUGGAGCUGGCUGUGCUGGAUUGUGGGGAGUGGACUGACGUGUGCAGCGCUCAGAAAAUCCGCUCCUUUCCCACCGUCCGUCUGUACCGCCCACAGGAGCCUAGCCAGCCCUACCAAGGCAUGCUGGGUACUGAGAGCGUGAACAGGUUCAUCAUGCUGAGUCGUCUGGUGUCCCCUGUCCUCCUGUCCUCUCCUGAUGAGGUGACAUCAUUCUUGGAGGGGGACCUGUACCAGCGACAUGCAGCUAUCGCCCCUGUCACAGUACUAGGCCUGUUCAGCUCCACAGCAGACGCAGGUGUGCCAGUGUUCAAGGAAGCAGCAAAAGCACUCAGAGGAGAGACGAUGGUCGGGUUGUUUGCUGACAGACAAGCAGAAAUAUGGGCUGUGGAGUAUUCUGUGACGCUGCCUGCCAUUCUGGUGUCACGAGGACCUACAGGCCAAACUGAGGCUCAUUCUCUCAACCUUUGCAUGCCGGACCAACUGGUUACACACAUCCAGAGAGCAUUACUGGAUACAUUUCCAGAAUUGACAGUGGAGAACCUGCCCCUGUAUCUGGAGGUUAAAAAAAAACUUCUGCUGCUCUUUGUGGGAGAAGAGGAGAGUGGGAGGAAAGGGAACAAGAGAGUAUUGGAUGAUAUGAGGAGUCUGCUGAACACAGGACUGCUCAACCCCUACCUGCCCUGCUGGAUCCACCUGGGUCAUACCCCUGCAGGUAAGGCUGUCCUGGAGGCAUACCUGGGUUUCCUGCCCCUGCUUCCUGCCCUGGUGGUCUCCCAGCUGGCCACAGGAGGAGAGGUCUUCCACUACCCCACUGGCAGACCCUUAAUGGUACAGCCCAUUCUGCAGUGGCUGCAGAGAGUGGAGGAUGGUGAAGAACCACCUGCAGGCAUCCAAUGGAAGAAAACGGACUGAAACAGGGAUGGCCUACCUAGAGUUGUCCAAUAAACGCUUGUUUUUUGUUUACUGUUGCAAAAUGUUAAUGUUUUGCAUUGCGUGCACUAAUGAGAACACCCUGCGCUUUCUCUGUCUGGAGAAGCACAUCAUUCGUCAACUUGAAGUGUUCGACGUUUAGACCGUGUUGAUGUUUUUUAUUUUCUGGAGCUGACUCGAGAGUUUUUAUUCAUCUAUCAUAAUCAGAAACCCUAUAGACAUCAAUUAAACUUUGACGGAAAGGUACAUUUACUGUUAGGACAUCUUAUGAUACUCGUGUUUCUAUACCAAGCUUACUGUAUCUUACAUUUUGAUUUGGGGUUUGAUCCGUAUUAACAUUUUGUUCAGUUACGAAAUGUGGAAAUAUCGUUUAGAGAAAAUCUAUACACCGAAGUUCUGUACACCGUUGCAGAUAGCGCUGCGAUGUCUAGAGCUGACACUACUCCCAAUUCCACAGACUGUGAACCAGUCUGCUCUAUACAAUACAUUUCUGUCUGGACGUUUGGUAACACUUCACCCUCCCGAACAAAUCUGAGGUCUUUCCCACCAAACUGCUUGCAUUUACCAGAGGGAUCCAAACCCAUUGAGAGUAUGGCAGAUGACUCCUUUCAAGCUCGACCAGGUGAUAAUGCACACAACCUGUGCAUAUAUCUUGGCUUCUCCUAAUUUAUGUGUAAUUCAAACAGACCCAUUGUCUUAGUCUGAGUAUAUGACAUUUACAGUUGCUUUCAUAGGCAAGCCCAAUCCCACUAAAGCCUGAAUUGACAGUAGAGUGGGUCAUUGGCUCACAUUUAUCUCCUCUCUAUGCAUUGAUGGCUAAUGCCAUAUCAUAUGGAAAUGUCUUGUUUUAUUUCAACCCCUUCUAGACACACUCACAUUUGAGUGGUUGGAGCACAGGGUCAGUCAUGGGAAGGAGAUAAUGGAGCAGUUUAGGUUAAAUGCCUUGCUCAAGGGAACAACAGUAGGAGAUGGCCUUCAGGAUUUGAUACCAGCUACCCCUACCAGUAGAUUUUUUUCAGUACCUCUUGUUGCUGGCACCCCUAUUUAACCUCUAGGAUCUACACCCAUUGGCAGGUUGACAAAGUGGCUUGUAUCAAUUCCGACUGUAAAUUUGACCUUUCAGUCGAACAGGCAAUAAUGCACAAAACCUGCAUCAUUACUCUGUGUAAUUCAAGCAUUGACUCAUUGUCUAAGUACAUGACAUUUUACAGUUACUUUCAAAGAUGAGCUCAAUCCCACCAAAGCCUGAUUUGACAGUAGUGUGUUGGCUCAUGUUUCUCCCCUCUCUCGCUACGCAUUAACUGCCAAUGCAUUCAACUCUCCACACGAUGAUCAUUGUCAAUUUUAUCACAGAGCUGAAAAUUUGACUCUGCUUCAUCCCAACUCUUUGAAAAACACACACACACAGCGAGAAGAGUUUUGAGCCCAGGGUCAGCCAUAGUAAAGCCUGGAGCAGGGCACAAAUGCAGGAGAUGGCAUCUAGGAUUUGAUACCAGCAACCAACACAUUUUUCAGACAGACCUGUGAUUUGAAACGGCAACCCUCUGGUUGAUGGCACGCCUCUCACGUCUAGGAUCUGCACCCUUUGUCAAGGUGAAAAAAUGACUCCUUUCAUGGUCGACCAGGUGAUAAUGUACACAACCUGACUUUAUUGUGUAAUUCAAGCAUUGUAUUGUUGUAAAUGUCAUGUACUCAGACGGUUACUGUCAAAGACCAGCCCAAUCCCACUAAAGCCUGAAAUGACAGUAGAGUGGAUUUUUGGCUCAUGUUUUACCCCUCUCUACACACGCUUAUGCAUUCCACUCACCACACAAUGAAGAUGAUUCCUUUAUUGUCCAUUUCCUUGAGACAGCCACAAAGUCUCUUAGUCACUCUCUGUAAGCAUGGAAAUGGAAGAUGGAAUUGGCCCCAUAUUAAGUAACUGCUGUAAAAGCAUAAGUUGUAUAUAAUGCAAUAUUCCUGUCUGGAGAGACAAAGCUACUGUAUGGUUCAAAAUUAUUGGCACCCUUGAUAAAGAUGAGCAAAAAUACAAAAAUAAAUAACACUGAACUAUAUU